UCUGUCCGCGCCCCCCCUCCCUUCCUCCCCGCCAUGUCGGAGACGCUCAGCGGCGACAGCCGCUCGGACGAGACCGGCGAAGAGAAACAGGAUACGCAAGAGAAGGAAGCGGUCAUCCCAGAGAGAGCCGAAGAGGCCAAACUGAAGGCUAAGUACCCCAGCCUCGGACUUCAGAAGCCUGGAGGGUCCGACUUCUUAAUGAAGAGGCUCCAGAAAGGGCAAAAGUACUUUGACUCUGGGGACUACAACAUGGCCAAAGCGAAGAUCAAGAACAAACAGCUGCCGACGGCGGGAGCGGACAAGAACCUGGUGACCGGCGACCACAUCCCGACGCCGCAAGAUCUCCCACAGAGAAAAUCCUCGCUCGUAACCAGCAAGCUCGCAGGGUAACCUGCACUCCCCAUGGGGUUUCCGUUUUGUUUUGAUUUGG